CACCGACGUGUGCCGAGCUAGCCCUUCGUCGCGCACCACUCGACUCGCGAGACAUCUUGGAACUAUAGCUUGUGCGUCAUCUCUCUAGCGAUAGUGUGUGUGUGUGGGAGAGAGAGUGCCUGUUCCGGCGUCCAGGGGGGGGAUCCACGGUCAUCUAACUGGAAAGAACCAUUGUCGCAAUGCCGGAGAUGCCGUCGCCACCACCGCACGUGUCCGUGUUGACUGCGGGAGGUGCGGGUCAACGUCGGAGUACGGGGUCCCGCGACCUCGCCACUACCCUGUCGUCUCCCCCCACAGUCCGGACGUUGACGAAAUCCAUCCCGGCAGUAGCCAACGACGUGACCAGCGCCCACGCGCACUCACACCCACCUCCCACACAAGUCCAGAAUCCCACCACACGCGAUCCCCCACCACCGGAAUCGCUCAUUCUCGAAAUGGAAGAGACGGAGGACGACGCGGUCGCCUCCACCGACGUCCACGACAAUCCCUACGCCAAAGCCCAGUCUGUCUCGCCGUUUCGAGAUAUUCCGCUCUCGGCCUCCACCGCGGCACGCGCCGACGAAUCGUCCUUCCACGCCGGUCACCUGCUCGAACAUUCCAAAUCACACGAACUCUUUUGGUUGACCGUAUGUUUCCUCGGUAUCAUGGCCAGCUUCGUUUGCUACGGAUUGCUGUUGGAGUACACCACGUCGGGAGACCGAGAAUUGCACGAACUCAGCUUUCUCUUUGUCACCUCCGGCCUCUACACCCUCACGGCAGCCGCCGGACGAUACGUACGGGACGAAACACCCUCCACCAUUCCGCCAGCACGCUUCGCCAUACUCGGACUCACCUCCAUGGGAUCCACCUUUUGCUCCGUACGAUCCCUCCGAUACGUCAUUUAUCCCAUCCAAGUGCUCGCCAAGAGCUGCAAACCGGUCCCCGUCAUGAUUAUGGGAGCGUUCAUGGGCAAACAUUAUCCCCUCCGCAAGUACAUUAACGUGGUCAUGAUUGUCGCCGGCGUUGCCCUCUUUAUGGGAGGUGGCGACGGCGACAACAAGAAGAAGAGUGCCAACCAGAGCGAGGACGAAGGCUCGACCGCCCAACUUAUUGGUAUUCUCCUACUGUUCGUCAGUCUCUGUUUCGACGGUGGUACCGGGGCCUACGAAGACAAACUCAUGAGCGUCCAUUCCGUACAGCCCUUCGAUCUCAUGUACAACAUACAACUCGGCAAGACCAUACUCGCCGGCGUGGCACUUCUCGUACUUAAUCAACUCCACAUAUUCCUACAAAUGGUCCAAGACAUGGGCUUUCUCCUCGUGGCACUCGGUCUCAGCGGCGCGCUCGGACAAGUCUUUAUCUUUGUCACGAUUGCCAAAUUCGGAGCCCUAACCUGCAGUAUCAUUGGACUCGCCCGCAAGGUUACCACCCUCGUGGCGAGUAUAUACUUUUACGGACACGUCCUCAACGGCGUCCAAUUCCUCGGAUUGUGCAUCUCCGUUACCGCCAUGGUACUCAACUUUUGGGGUAAAAAGGGUGGGGGCGGGCAUCACGCCGGUGGGCCGUCCGGAGCCGGCGCACCCUUGCACGCGGACACCGAAACGGAAAAGCUGGUCCGGGAAGACUCGGGCGACGCGCACGUGGAACUGACAGUGGCACCCCAGACUUCCAAAGAGUUGGUGUAGCAAAAAAUCAGUGGCACGUUGUUUCCACGCUCCGUCGAAUCACCGCACAACAUACAGCACUGUCGACAAUAAUAAUACAUAUAUUUCUUUCCUUGUUUUGCGCAUAGUAUCCUCUGUUACGGUGAUCAGAACGAAUGCUGAAUGCUUGAUUUCAUUUUAGAAGGUUACUCUGCCGUACUAAUUUGUUCGGAGGGCGUGCGUCGAGUAACAAGAAACGGCUGGCUGCGCGUACCAAAGUUCCUUGGGAAGAUGUAUUUUGUGUAGCUCCUGUCGGUCCCCGCCUGCUGUCGCAACUGCGGGUGUUGAUAAGGCGCGCACAAGUUCCGUAUGCCUGUUGUUGGUUUAGUGGUGUGUAGAAAUAGCUUGGUCAUACCGGAACGAUUCGAUCGAAACUUAAAGUGGUCGUAUUCCGCCACAGCAAGUUCUUGUCUAUCCUUAAUCUUCUUCAUCCAGACCCGAGCAAUGCAGGAUUCUGGCGAAGGAGUUCAAAUGUAAGGGAAAGUGGUAAUUCAUCCUGCACAUGAGAGUUUCGCUUGCAUUCCGUUGCAACUGCCGUCGCUUGGAGGAAGGGGUACAGCUUGGAAACACCAUCGCGCCGUUGAAGUGAUUCAGGGUUCAAAUGUACAAGUCGCUGCAAAAGUUCAAGCAUGCCUUGUAGUAAAGACUCUUUGGUGGAUCGGGCUGGUCGGGAACACGCGCGAGCAAACGUGUCAACGACGUGAUGGAUAACCAGCCGACCACCGUUGUCGGCGACUCGAGCAGUUUCUGGACGUGACAAAUCCAAGGCUGUCCGUAGGACGCCCAACGACUCCCGCAGCAGAAUUCUAGCUGCGUGCGGCUCCCCUACGUUGUCGUCGCGAGGCCAGUCCCACGCAUGCCAAACGCGGCUCGCGGCAUAGUGGACCGGCAAUCGACCACGAUUGUCAACAACAUCCAGUUCUUCCGGAAACAUCGAUGCAACAAUAUAGACAAUGGCAGCGAGGCAACUUGGAGUGGCAAACGCUAUGUGCACCAGAGUCGAUUCGCCAAUCGGAGCAUUUCUGCGUCCCAUUGUGGCGGCUUGCAACAUGGAAACAACCUUAGUCCAGAACAAACUAACAACAACUUCCCGGCGAUUCCAAAUCGUUGUUGCUGGCGGUUCCUCCCCAUAAUUUACCAUCCCCUGCCGAGAGUCGUAUCUUGCACGAAUAAUGCGCAAUACUUCGACAGACCGUUUUGCCCACUGCAAAGACUCCAAAUCCCCCAAGACUUCUAGUGGUAUGUGUCUCAUCCGCAAAAAGUCCACCGGAGGGUCCAUCCUCUUGAUCAGUUGCAGAUCCGAAUCAAAAUCGCCCUGCUCCAACGCAGUAAAGGCAUCGUAGCGCGAAAGCAUUUGUCCGUUGUAUUCGUUAGACGGCAAGGCAAUUUCUGUAGUAGUAUCUGCACCCCGAACAUCGAUGACGAGCAAGGAGCUGACAAACCGCACCCAUAGCCAGUGCAGAGGUGUCAAGCCGGACGCAUCCCGCUUGAGCACGGCUUCCGGUGCGGCUUUGGCAAUGAGUGCGACGGAGCGCGGUCGUUCGCCCCGCAUGGCGCAAAAGUGGAGGGGAUUCUCUCCCUGUGUAUUGCUUAGGAAGGCAGCCUUGGUUGCCGGUGACGUCGCUUGGGCACGCUCCGUGUCGAGCAAUAACCCAAUGGUGUUGGUGUGUCGUCCGUGAAAGACAGCGGAAUGCAAGGCCGUAUACUGCCCUCGGUAACCGGUGAAAACACAACUAGCCGCUUGAGGACAAUAGCGAAGCAUACAGGCAACCAUCUCGUAAAUUUGACGCUCCACUAAAAAAUCAUCUUCGGCACCGAGUGAAGGAGCAUAGAUGUUGGCCUUGAUAGCAUACACGAUAGGGGGCUCUUCGUAUUCGCCCCGGUCCGGUAUGAUAACGGCCUCGGGACAAGAUCGAACGAGCAUAUCGAGGAUGGGUAAAAGAUCACCUGAGUCGGACUGUAAGAUAUUUGAUUGAAAUCGUCGUCGGAUCAAGAGGUGGAGAGGCGUAAAUCCGUCAACGUCUUGUGACAAGGCUACUCUGUUACUUGGCGUCGCUGUUGCGGUAUCACUACCUUGUUCCUCUUCUAGGGCAUCGUCAGCCCUCAGCAAGGCGGCGAUCUCGUUAGCCCCCAUGCGUUCACAGACAAUGGCUUCAUGUAACGGAGAUCCCCGUGAGUCCAACACGUGACGCAACUUGGAGGGUGCCGCGUGCAAAAUCGCCUCCAAGCAUUUCAAGGGCGCUCCCAGACGACACGCCAAGGCCAAGCAUGAGGGGUCUACGUCCGCACGAGCCGCUUCCUCGGGGUAAAGCUGUACACGCUCCGUUGCUUCAUCCCAUAAUGAAGCUUCCAAUAACGCGCUCAGGUGAAUGGGCUUAUCUAUCGUUGCUUUCAUUGGGCAACGCCUUGCAGGAGCUGUGCCGCUGCUAGUGCUUUCCACUCGAGGACGUUUCGACGAUCGAGAUGUUGUAGGGAAGGAUGGGAUCUCCAUCGCCCCUUUGGAUCCUGAACUAUCCACUUGGUAUCAAAGGCGUGGAUUGUACAACAAACACCCCGUGGAUGGAUGGAUUGACUCGCGCUUCAAUCCACUGUUGUGGUAGGGCAACGCAGAG